UGUUUUGUUUAUAGCUUUCCGGUUUCCCACUGAAAGCACUUUGGGUCGAGCGCUGCUGCGGAGCAACAAUGUCGGAGCAGGAGUCUCUGAGGUGCUCCAGUGCCAGAAACCGUGGAGGCGUACAGAGGGUUGAAGGGAAACUGCGAGCCAGUGUAGAAAAGGGGGAUUAUUAUGAAGCACACCAGAUGUACAGGACUUUAUUUUUUAGGUACAUGUCACAGGCAAAACAUGCUGAGGCCAGGGAGCUGAUGUUCAAUGGGGCUCUACUCUUCUUCAGCUAUAACCAGCAAAACAGUGCAGCAGACCUGUCCAUGCUGGUACUGGAGGUGUUGGAGAAAUCUGAGACAAAAGUUGAAGAUGAAAUAUUAGAAAGCCUUGCUAAGCUGUUCAGCCGGAUGGACCAGAACUCUCCAGAGAGAGUUGCAUUUGUGUCCAGAGCCUUGAAAUGGUCCACAGGAGGGCCUGGCAAGUUGGGUCACCCCAAACUACAUCAGCUGCUAGCUGUCACCUUGUGGAAAGAGCAAAACUACAGUGAGUCUCGUUACCACUUCCUGCAUUCGUCUGACGGCGAGGGCUGUGCACAGAUGCUGGUGGAGUAUUCAGCGUCACGAGGCUUCCGAAGCGAGGUCGACAUGUUUGUGGCGCAGGCCGUCCUUCAGUUCCUCUGCUUAAAGAACAAAAACGGCGCUUCUGUAGUGUUCAGCACGUACACAGAGAAACACCCGUCCAUAGAGAAGGGCCCGCCCUUCGUCCAGCCUCUACUAAACUUUAUAUGGUUUCUGCUGCUGGCAGUGGAUGGGGGUAAAUUAACAGUUUUCACAGUGUUAUGUGAGCAAUAUCAACCUUCCCUGAAGAGGGACCCCAUGUAUAAUGAGUAUCUCGACAGAAUAGGACAGGUUUUCUUUGGGGUUCCACCCAAACAGUCCCCAUCAUACGGUGGACUGCUAGGAAACCUGCUGAACAGCCUGAUGGGUUCAGGCGAGGAGGAUGACACAGCUGAAGAAGCUCAGGAGGACAGCAGCCCCAUAGAGCUGGACUGAGCCUACCCCGAGACAAAGAGAACAAACAAACACAACAACAACAAAAAAAGAGGAAGCCCACGCCGCCUCCCUCCUUCACCUCCACAACAAGUGUUGGGCGAUGGCGCCGGUCCAUGUUUUCAGAGGCGUGCUGUUUCCAAAAAAAGCCUUUCCCAGUCUAUAAAUCAGAGCAAGUAUCAGGCUGCCAAAACAUCCCCCUCAGCAUUGCCGGGACUGAAUGCGCCAAACUGCAAACUCUUCCCGCGUUGAAUUAUUGUAAAAUUAUUAUAUUAUUUUAUUUGAAUCAUUACUUUUGUUAGUUUGGGACUCUUGCUCUCUGUUUAGGGUGUUUGCUUCUUAAACAAGAGAUAACAAACGGCCCUCUCCCUGUGAUAAACUUGCUCCGAAGAGACGGGGAAGGUUGGAGUCUCCCAGUGGAGAGGAUCGCAUCACCAGUAAAACCUCUUCAUAAUGAUGAUGACGACAUCAUUAUAGGAGGGUUUAGUCAACUCGCUACAAAUAUUUAACUGUUUUGUUUGCCAGACAGCCACACGGCGCUCGACCAGAGCCAUGGUGUUACUGCAUUUUUCAGCAACUUUCUUGUUAAAAGUCUCUUCUUUCAGUAGUAAAUUAAAUUGUACUUGUAGUCGAUGCCGUCUUUCAGUUACUUCUCAUUUUGUCCUUUAGCAAUAUGGACAAAAAGACAACAAAGCUCUGUGUUAGUCAUUAUCAGAGGUCAUCUUGCACCUUGAAUCUCAACCAAACAAACCCACUUUGCUCAAUGUCUCCCCCACACAUCAUUGUGGUGGCUGUCAUUUCUAUUUAAGUGAAUUACUGCAAACAUAGAGCUGUCUGUAUACAGACAUAUAAUAGCUCCAUUGUAGAGGUCCCACUUUUUACUGUGCACCUGCUGAACUGCUGCUGUUUGCAUCCCCAAGACGAAUUGUGUGAACAAAUCCAAUUCUGGCUUUUUAUUAUGUUGUUUUUUUACAGCUGCCAAGUCAAACUUUCUGGAAAUGAGGUGUUUAAAGCACUUACUGGUUGUUUGCUCUGGCUGCCUGUCUGCAUUUUGAUGUGAAAAAAUAAAAAGUCAAAGCUGGGGAUACCA